AUGCCGCACACAUGGAUUCAAAUCAUCGAGGGAAAUCCACCAUCAGCCGCCAUCAGUCUGCCUCCAUCCAUCCAGCGUUCACAAAGGCCCUCCGUCGUCAGUGUAGUCGACGACGAGCCCAUGCGUGAGGAAGGCCAAGGAGUCGAGGUGAUUCGCGCCAGGAAGCAUAUCGUCAUCAAUAGAGUCAACUUUCAAUGCAACGCCUUUUCUCAAGCCCAUCCGGCUCAUGUUCCUGGCCAUGUAAAGUACCUUGUGCGGUGCAGUCGCGCUGCUGGGGUGAUUUGUCGGUGGUCCAUGCUUAUGAGCGACGCUGUUCUCUUCGUUGCCAAGGACGUACCGUCUGCGCGUCGGCUGCUCCGUGCGUGGGACCUGGAGUGCAGGGGCCUGCCACCUAUCCACCGUCCGGUAGGAAGCGUCGUGGUUAGGAACAUUGGUGAAAACAUCGACUUAGAGAGCCUGGCCAUCAUGUUCAUUGAUGAACGACCAAACUGCUAUUUCGGCAACGUAAAAGUGACCCGAGGCGUGUAUAGACCCGGAAAGAUCCCUGCUGAUGUACUCUCCCGGAUUCGAGACGUGAGGAAUAAGAGAAGGGAGGAAAAAACACUCUGGGAUUGGUAUACGCUGUUCCGGGUCUCUCGCGGACUUUUGCAGCAGUUGGCCAGUGCGCCCGAGGCGGCGCCGGGUAUGAACUUGGACGUCAGCUACGUGUCGGCAUUCGACCAAAGCCGGUUGCCCCAACCGCUGAGGCAGAUGAGACCCUGGCUAGAGGAGGCCUGGAGCGAGUGGAUCCAGCAGGCUACGUCUCUGGGCGAUCUUCGGCAGAUGAGAUUGCCGAUACUGGCGAAUGCCCUUUCACAUGAUAUGGCGGCCUAUUACGGUGGGUUCUGUGGCCAGACCGUUUUCAGGGAAAUGCACUCGUAA